AUGUCGAUUCUUCUGGCCGUUCAAGGGAUUCGGCUGCGUGUGGCGCUGAUGAUGAGUGAGUUGCUCUUCUCUUGGGCACCGCCGCGGGCGCCUCGAGCGACAGGACCAGACUUCGAAGACGACAGAAACAUCAUCUCGAACCAGCAAAAGGCGGCGCCUCGAGCGCUGGCUCUUCGCAAUUGCUGGCGCAAGCGCUCAACAUGCACAACAACCGGCCGCAUGCCGGGCAGACGGCUCGCGGUAAGCUUGCUUGAAUGCUUUCAACGCAGCCUGCUCAUGGGAGGGUUCAUCGAGCUUGCGGCCAUGGUUAUGGCUGCCAUCCCACCGAUGGUACUCCGUUGGCUUCUUGUAGCUCUAGCAGACACGUAUCAAGACCCCCGGGAAACCGCCACGACAUCCGCAGCGGGCACAACUGACGACGACGACGAGUCGGGAGGGCGGGAUGUCUCUGUUGCCCGUGCCUACCUCCUUGUCUUCGUCAUGGUUUUCGCACAAAUUUCCGCGGGCGUCCUGAUCAACGCCUCCCGUUACCGCCUUGAGGUCACCGGCACACAGGCCAAAGCGGCGCUUACAUGCAUUAUUAUGAACAAGACUUUCUUACGACCGCCGCCUCCUUCCAGCGUCGAUGCUGUCGGAGGAGGAAGAACAGGUGUACCGGUAGAAAGAGUACACAACCUUGACGACGACGACGACAACGGCGAAGGGGGAUCCUGGAGCUCCGGGGCCGUCUUUAACCUCGCGUCCGUGGAGGCCUCUCGGAUCGAAGAAGCCAUCAGCGGCAUCAGCGCCGUCUGGACAGUGCCGGCCAGCUUCGUUCUGGCGAUUCCCGCGCUGAGCGCCAAUGCGAACGCGUCGGCGCUGGCCGGCAUGGCCGUCCUGCUUGCGGGACUACCCAUCUUCAUCGGUGUCGCGCUGCACGUCUGGGCGGAGCAGCAGACCCUCAGCGGGCUCUGCCAGCGCCGGGUAUCCAACACACAGCAGCUGAUGCAGGGCAUCCGGAGCACCAAGCUCGCGGGCUGGGCAACGCAGAACGCCACCAUCAACCGACUUUGCGGGAUGAGGAUGAGAGAGCUGGCGAUGGCGCGCAAGUUGUGGCACAACCGUGCCAUAAUGGAGGCCGCGGGCGCGCUGCUACCGACGUUGGCAUCGGCGGCAAGCCUUGUCGCAUAUGAGGCGUUGCACGACGACGUCGUGGGGCUGGACCCGGCGAGGGCUUUCUCGUCGUUGGCCCUCUUUCUGGCUCUCAAACCUCAUCUGAAUCGGGCGGCGCAGGGGGCGGUGCAGGUGCAGGAGUUUCUGGUGGGAUGCCGAUCGAUCGAGAAGUGGCUGGAGAGCGAGGAGCCAGGGUUGAUGCCCGCGGUGACACGAUUGGAGGAUCAGGAGGAGGGUUGGCGGUGCCAAUGGGCCAUCGAAGCCGUCGACGCGAUUCUCAAGUGGCCGGGGACACGGGCAGACAGCAGCGGGUUCGAGCUGGCGUUCGGACCUGGCUUCCGUAUCCAGAGGCACGAGCUGGUGGCCGUGUGUGGCGAGACCGACUCCGGUAAGUCGUCUCUUCUGGCCGCUGUCGCCGGCCGAAUGUGCCUGGAUCAAGGCAUCAUGCAGUUGGACGGCUCAGUAACCACUUUGGCCUCCGCGAGCCAGUCACCGUGGAUCCGGGGCGACACGAUCCGUAACAACAUCACCUUUGGCCGGCCCUUCAACCCGGACCGGUACCAGCAAGUCCUCCGUGCUUCGGCUCUCCUGGCCGAUCUCGACCGGUUCCCCCAAGGGGAUCGAACCGCCGUCGGUGCUGGCGGGCAGGGUCUCUCGAGCGGUCAGGCCCAGCGCGUCAGCAUUGCCAGGGCGCUCUACUCGGACGCCGACUUGGUUCUCAUCGACGACUGCCUACGCAACCUUGACCCAGACGUGUCUAGAACCGUGUUCGAGGACGCGAUUUGCGGCCUUCUCGGCGGCAAGACACGUCUCUUGGUCACAAACCAGCACUGGGUAGCUCGCCGCUGCGAUCGCGUGCUAUGGCUGGACCGUGGACGCGUCACCUGGCUGGACUCUCUGACCGAGCUCCAAGAGCGUCUUUCGUCUCCUCCGGAAGGAGCGCCGGCUGAAACCAGGCACAUGCGGUGGGAUGAGAAGCAGGCGGCGCAAGUCGGGAUUCCAGCUCCGGUCUCGGCCCCCUUGGGCCCGGCAAUUCAGACACUCGCUGUCCAUCCACGACUGACACCGUCUCCCACAUACGUCAAUAAACAAAAGUCGUUGGGGUUCUAUUUAAGGCUUGCUGGCGGCUUUCGGGAGACGCUGACAACGCUUGGUCUCGUCUGCUCCUGGCAGGUGGCCGGCGUCGGCGUGGUCUUGUGGCUCGCAUGGUGGACUUCGUUCCGACCCGGGCUCUCUUCUGGACACGCAUACGCAUUCGGGUUCGUCGCGCUGGGCUUGGCAGAGGCCCUCUUGGCGUAUCUGUUCUGCCUGCAUCUCACCGUCAAGAUGCUGCAGGCAAGCCAUGGUCUGUGGGAGUGCGCGCUGCGGCGCCUUGUUGUCGCCCCCAUGAGUUUCUUGCAGACCAUCCCGCUUGGUACCAUGAUGGAUCAUCUGUCCAGGGACGUUGACAUGGUGGACCGAGGACUGAUCGAGGCAACACGCAGUGCCAUGUUGCACCUCUCGCGUCUGCUAGGCGGUCUAUCUCUCAUGCUGGUGAUGCAACUCAAGGUUCGCUUAACGGCUGUCAUCGCCAUGAUGCUCCGUUACGCCCCGCGCUUGAAAAGCAUUCGUUGCCGCGAGGCCGAGCUGCGCGCCCAUGCCAACGCAGCGUUGAGUGAGGUUAUCGAGGGGGCCGACUGCAUCUACGCCUACAAGACUGAGCCUUGGGCCCGCUCGUUCUUGGGCGAGCGACUCGACGUGUGUAGCAACGCCAGCUUCCUUGCAGCCGCCAACCUUCGCUGGCUUGAGGUUCGACUUGAUGGCAUUAUGACAUGUAUUAUUGCAACUACGGGUCUUCUUGUCGUUUGGACAUCCUCACGCACACCCUUGUCGCCUGCCAUCGCCGGGCUGAUCAUGAGCCAGGUCCUGGUGCUGCCGGCGUCUCUGAGACAAGGAAUGCGGUUCUCCACAAGCGCCCUCCAUCACACAGUCGCCGUCGACCGUCUUGUCUCCUACGCCACGGAGCCCCCGCGCGAAGGAGAGGUUUUGCGUCCCUCCUCCUCGGGCGCCGUUGGGUCGUCAUGGCCAGCAGCUGGCGAGAUACGCUUGGAGAGGGUGAGUGCCUCGCAUGGGCAGGGAGGCAUCCUCGACACGGCCACGGCAGCUCUCCACGACAUAACUCUAGAGAUCCCUGCCGGCAUUCAUGUCGCCGUUGUCGGCCCUACGGGUGCCGGUAAGUCGACCUUUGUAUCCUUGCUUCUUCGCCUUCUCGAUCCCAACAGUGGUACCCUUGCCGUGGACGACUUGUCCAUCACGGACGUUCCGCUCCAACGGCUGCGGUCACACGUCACUGCUGUCCCUCACGAUGUUGUGCCGAUUCCUUGCAGCACCAUCCGCGACAACGUCGACCCGGAGCGGCGGCAUUCCGACGCCGACGUGUAUCGGGUCAUGUCUGCCCUCGAUGCCCUUGCAGGACUCGGUGGCGCAACGCCUCUGGACUUGGACGCCGCUGCCAACUGCAUCUCCGCCGGGACGGCGAGGGCCCAGUUGCUCGGGCUCGCGCGUGUGCUGCUGCAGAAGCCGCGGAUCUGCGUACUGGACGAGGCUUUGGGCACCCUGGGCGUCAGUGCCGAUGUCCGAGUAAUGCAGAAGGUGAGGAAGACGCUCUGGGGAAGCACGAUAGUAGCAGUGACACACAGAAUGGAGGUGGCGAUGACGUUCGAUCGGGUUAUUGUGUUGGAUGGGGGAAGAGUUCAGGCGUACGGCAACCCUGUUGAUGUAUGGAAGGGGGGCGGGUUUUUCAGGAGCGCAUGCAAGAGUUGCGGCAUUUCCCCAGAAGGAUUAAGAAAGGCUUAG